CUUAAGAAUCCGUAAACAACAGCAGAGUAUUUCUACAGUAGAAUAGAGUCAACCUCUGCUCUUCAUGGUCAAAGGAUCCUAAUCCUCCUCUUCCUCCUCAAUGGUGAUCAUGUUGCCUCCAUUGCGUCCUACCUGCAUUAUUCUCAUCCUUAUUAGUGUGUUAUUGAUUGGACCUGGAGGCGCAGCGCACUACGAGCCGAACUGGGCCAGUCUGGAUGCCAGACCCCUGCCCGGGUGGUACGACGAGGCCAAGAUCGGGAUCUUCGUGCACUGGGGGGUCUUCUCGGUCCCCGGCUACGGCCAGUUCAGCGAGUGGCUCUGGUACUGGUGGAGGCACGACAAGCGCGCAGAUAUCGUGGAGUUCAUGAAGACAAACUACCCGCCGGACUUCAAAUACGCGGAUUUUGCGAGGAAGUUUCACGCGGAGUUCUUCGAUCCGGAUGCGUGGGCUGAUAUAUUCAAAGCAUCCGGAGCCAGGUAUGUGGUCUUCACAUCCAAACACCAUGAGGGAUUCACCAACUGGCCUUCAGAAACUUCCUGGAACUGGAACUCGAUGGACGUCGGUCCUCACCGGGACCUGGUGGGAGAACUGUCUGCUGCUGUCAGGAAGAGAUCCCUGCACAUGGGUCUCUACCAUUCCCUGUACGAGUGGUAUAAUCCCCUUUACUUGUCGGAUAAAGCCUCCGGAUUCAAGACUCAAAAUUUUGUGGCCAUGAAGACUCUCCCGGAGCUCAGGCUCCUAGUGGAGACAUACAGACCAGAUCUGAUCUGGUCAGAUGGGGACUGGGAGGCCCCAGAUACCUACUGGAACUCCACCCAGUUUCUGGCCUGGCUCUAUAAUGACAGCCCAGUCAAGGAUGAGGUGGUUACCAAUGACCGGUGGGGUAUUGGCUGCUACUGCAAACAUGGAGGCUACUACAACUGUGCUGACAGGUACAGCCCAAGUAAACUUCCAGACCACAAGUGGGAGAAAUGUCAGUCCAUCGACACCCGUUCGUGGGGCUACAGAAGAGACAUGAAGUUCAAGGAACUCAUGGACCUACCCACCAUCAUAAAGGACAUGGUGACCGUGGUAGCAAUGGGAGGCAACUACCUAUUGAACAUCGGGCCCAUGUCAGAUGGAAUGAUCGCCCCAGUGUUCGAGGAGCGGCUGAGGGAACUCGGUGCCUGGUUGCAGAUAAAUGGGGAUGCUAUCUAUGCUUCCACUGUCUGGAGGAACCAGACGGAGAACAACACGGUCGAAGUUUGGUACACUGCCAAAAACACCACAGUUUAUGCCAUACUGCUGGGUUGGCCCUCCAACCAACCAUUUCACCUAACAACGCCUAAGAUAUCUGGAACAACCAGCGUGACACUUCUGGACUAUCCCGACAUGAGACUGAAGUGGAAGCCAGUGACGCAAACAGGCGGACUGAUGAUUCUUAUGCCUCUGAUGCCACCGUCUCAUGGAAAUGCCUGGACUCUGAAGCUGGAGGGCGUAGCCUGACAUAUAGUGUUGUGUCAAGUUGCAUAUCUGUUACACUGAUGUUUACUAAAUCUAAUACUCAUGUAUAGAUGAAAUCAUCAGUAAGUUUUAAUGUAGGUGCCAAAAAUAGUACAUUUUUUAAAACUUUAUUCAUAAGUCUUUCAGUAAUUAAACAUACAAACUUGCAUCACUGUUUUAAUACGUAGGCACCACAAUCCAGUGGGUCUUUAUCUUUCUUCGGUAUAACUGAAGUGACUGCUUGUGUCAAAGUUUCAGGUAAUUUUUGUUUUAUCAGUAUUUCUUCAUAUACUGAGCAUAAGACGGGGGAUAGCUUUGACGGAAAGGUUUUGUAAAAUUCUAUGGGAAACCCAUCCGGCCCCCCUGCACUGCCGCUGUGCAUCAAAUUCAUUGCUUGAGAAAUUUCCUGGGAUGUUAUAGCUGACUCAAAGUUGGCUUGGGCUUCUGGGUCAAUUUCUGGAUUGACGAUUUUGUCAAGGAAAGCAUUAACCUCGGAGACGUGUACAACAGAUUCGGAUGGGUAUAAAUUAUUAUAAAUAAUUAAUAAUUUUGGGUUGUGUGGAAGUCCAGGUGCCAAACAGAUCUCAGGAAUAAACGGAUCUCAGGAAUAGCUCUACUAGCCGCUAAUAUUUCAAGUUGGUGUGAUAGAAGUCUACCUGCUUUGUCGCCGUGUUCAUAAAUUGUCGACCUAGACUUAUACAAAAGUUGUUCAGUAUAUCUAGUUCAGUUGCAGAAGUAGUUGUUCCUCUUGUCUACUUCUGCUUUUUGGGUAGUCAGCUCUGAAAGAGUGUGCGUUUCCUCCUUUCAAAUGGAGAAUAAUAAAUCAAAACCAGGCAAUGGUCCGAAAUAACAAUGAUGUGAUACUGACAAUUUGUGACAAAAGGGAGGGGUCCAUCAACAAGCAACAAAAAAAAAAAUCUUGUCUAUUUGUUUGUAUAACUUGAUGAAUGACAAAAGAACCAUAGCUGACUUAGAAAUUGCAUUACCGCAAAAAUUGUAUUUUUGAUCAUCUAAAUUUAUAAGCUUAAUGUUCACAUGAAUGAAUGAAUGAAUUGAAUUACAAUGAAUUGUAAUGUACUUAGUUGUAGGGUUUACUGAACCAAAACAAUGUAUGGCCCACUUCCAUUGCAUGAACAGAAAUGGACUUUGUGUGUGAAUGUUUUUCAGUGUGUAAAAUAUGAGAAUAAAUACAAAGAUUUUCACUUUCA